CAUGAUUUUAUCGUACAUAUAUAAUAUUUUAAAAUUUAAGAAAUGGGAGUUAUUCUUUCUCAUUACAAUAGUAAUCUCUUUAAAAUGGUCCACAAUAAUUAUACUCCGACCAGACAUAAAUUAUUUGACAGAAUUACAUAAAUGUCCAACAUGUUUUGGUACUUCUGCGUGUGAUUAUAUUCAUGAAGUAGAUAUUACAUUUCGUGACUUUUAUUCCGCGUUUUCUUAUUAUUUCGGAGUAAAAAAUGUAUUUUUUGGUACAUUUAAUACAAGUAAGGUUAUAUUGAAAAAAUUGGCGCAAUCUUUUGAAUUAAAUGAAUUUGAUCGUAUGCUUUGUGAAAACGUAAAUUUUUCUUAUAUUUGUCCAAUGAAUACAGAAAAAACAGAUAAUCAGAUUGAUGUAAAUUUUUAUAAACUCAUAGAAAAACAAGUCAGUUUAUCUUUUACUCAAGAUCAUUUUAGUCGUUUAAGACUAUGUCCAAAUGUUCGUCAUUUAAAUGAUCUGUUACACCCUAUAUAUUUUAGCAAUAAAAACGUAGAUUCAGAAACACUUGAUAUAAAUAUUUGGACGCUAACAGUUCUUAAUCCUGAGCCAUUAUUUUUACAGAUAUUAUCUGCAGACAAAAAUUGGCCAGUGCCAAAAUAUUUUGGUGCUUGUGGACGAAUUAUAAUUGAAGAAUAUGUGGGAUUACCAUUAACUGCUUAUUACAAUGAACCAUGGUUAAAUAGAGCUAAAAUAGCUUCUAGUCUUUUAAAUGCUGCUCAUACAUUCACUUAUGGGAAUGAAAAUUUCGGUUUUUAUUUAACUGAUAUAUCAGCUGAUAACAUAGCAGUUGAUUUAAAGUAUAAUGCGAAAUUCAUAGAUUUAGAAAAUGUGAUUAUUGUUGACAAAAAUCUUACAUCUAAAGAAAAACCACCAAAAUGGAAUGAAUUACAUGUAAAUGCAGAUGACUUGAGUUGCCCUGAAUGUUUGGUAUUUUCUUCUGUUGAAAUAUGUAAUCAUAAAAUUAGUGACCAUAACUAUUAUGCAAUAUGUAAGAUACUAUUGUCACUAAAUACAAACAAUAGUGUAUUAACUGGUGGUCUCCUACAUGAUAUACCUGCAAAUAUAUUAAAACAAUAUUCGAAUAUACAGUAUUUAAUCAGACAAUGUGUUAACCCGGAUGGACCCCUAACUAGAAUAACUGCAGGAAUGGAACUUAAACAAUUAUUAGAUAUUGUUAUCCAAUAGUAAUUACUGUUAAAAUGUAUUAAUUUGAAAAUAAGAAAGAAUUUUUGCAAA